AAUGUCUUCGUGUUAUUGUAAAAAAUAGUUUUGACCUCUGAGAAGGUCUUGGGGACUCCCUGGAGUCUAGGAAACUACGUUUAGAAAACAGCUGCUAUAGAUGGUAGGUUAAUUGCAUUGGGCCUGUCCUGCCAACCCCCUAGCAUUGUUUAGUGUGAGCCCUAACCUGCCUGUAUUCCACAGCUCCUUAGUAAUAGUUUAGAGUAUCACUUUGGAAGAUGGGCAACCUUGUCUGGAUUCUAGAUAGAAUGCAGAGUUCACAGGGCAGGCACUCAGCAUUCAUCCAAGUUUCCGCACACCUACGGUGUGCUGAUUCCUCCGAGAUGCCAAGCGUGACCUCCUUCCAUCUCUGCCCAUCGAAAUUCCUUCCUACUUAUCUUUAGGCACAGCUUAAAUGCCUUCCUUGGGCCCCUUAGUGGGAAGUGAUUUCAUUUGUACCUCUUAGAGUGUUUACUAUAUUGUUUGCAUCCUCAGAAUUUUUUUUUGUCAGUCCCUUAAUUACUUGCUUAAGGAUCCAAAUGAGUUUUCUGCUUUGUAAUCUGCAUAUUGCCCCCAAAGGGAGGGCGUUUUGUAAAUAUUUGAAUGUAAUGAAACAAAAAAUGGAAGCAAAGUAAAACAAGUGUGCGUUAGUUACACAUUUCCUGAUUGCAAGCAUUGGAGUGAUCAAAAGUAGAGAACGUGGUUUACUGCUGUGGUUUUGUCCCCUGCUCACUGCAGCCUCUUGGGUCCCAAUACUCAACAAAUAUUCAAAUUGGAGCUUGAGUUCUAAGAGGCCGGUUACAGUGUGUUCCGGCGAUGUGUGUUUUGUACCUUGUUAAAACCUGGCAAGAGGGCACUAGCGAGAAGCCUGCAGGCGGGGCUGGGCCGCAAAUGGGCUGUUCUGCGCUCUCGCUUGGGCCCAGCCUCCAGCUCUGGCCAGCCGAGCGCCCUGCCCUUUUAAGGAGGCGGACUGUACCACCAGAACUUUCUUGACAGGGGAGUGUUCAGGCGAACUCGGACAACUUUAAGUGAGCCAAAAGGAGGUUUCCUUUCCUUUCUAACAUUGGCCAGUGUUCUAGCGCUAGUCGGUGGGAGCUGUGCGCUGGAGGGUUUCGAGCGUGGGCCUUUUUGGUUUCCCGUCUUAGAAAUCGCCCCGAGGGCUCUGGCUCGCUCUGAAUUCAGACGCGACGUUCCCUGGGUCGUCAAAAGUGUAGUCCGCCUGCAGAGGCCUCAGGGCCCGGAUGUCCAUCAGGAUUAGCGUGAGCCAAUACGGGCCGAGCCCGAGGCUGCGCUGAGGACGCGGAGGCUCUCCCGGAGCAGGUAGUCCCGUAACAUUUGGGGAGUCGCGCCGCUGUGGAAGCGUCUCCUCUCGGCUCCGGCAAAUGGUGAGCGCGGCGCUGGCAGACGGGCCCGCGGGUUGAAAGCGCUAAUGGACAGAAGACCUUGGGCUUUAUAAACUGAAUUAUGGCAGCCCAGUCAAGCUUGUACAAUGAGGACAGAAACCUGCUUCGAAUUAGAGAUAAGGAAAGACGCAACCAGGAAGCUCACCAAGAGGAGGCAUUUCCUGAAAAGAUUCCCCUUUUUGGAGAGCCCUACAAGACAGAAAAAGGCGAUGAGCUAUCUAGUCGAAUACAAAACAUGCUGGGAAACUAUGAAGAAGUGAAGGAAUUUCUUAAUACCAAGCCCCAUCCUCAUCGCUUUGAUGUUUCUGAAAAUAGAUUGGGAAAGCCAAGGUAUCCUUUAUUUCCUGAAAAGGGGAGCAGCAUUCCACCCCACUCCUUCCACACUAGUGUUCACCACCAGCCAGUUAACACUCCUGCCUCUGGACCACUUCCUGUUGGUAACAUCAGCCACAACCCAAAGAUGGCACAGCCAAGAAUGGAACCAAGUCUCCGUGCUAAAAGCUAUGGCCCACCAGACAGCCAGCACCUGACCCAAGAUCGCUUUGGUCAGGAGAGAUAUGGCUCUAGCCAUCACAAAAAAGGUGACCACAGAGCUGAUGGAGACCAUUGUACUUCGAUGACAGACUCAGCUCCAGAGAGGGAACUUUCUCCCUUACUCUCCUCUUUGCCGUCCCCAGUACCCCCUUUGUCACCUAUACAUUCCAACCAGCAAACUCUUCCUAGGACACAAGGAAGCAACAAGGUUCACAGCAGUAACAAUAACAAUAAAGGCUACUGCCCGGCCAAAUCUCCCAAGGACCUAGCCGUGAAGGUCCACGAUAAAGAGACCCCUCAAGACACUUUGGUGGCACUUACCAGCCUUGGGGUAGCCCCUCCCCAGCCGUCUUCUCAGACAUUUCCCCCACCCUCCCUCCCCUCAAAAAGUGUCGCAAUGCAGCAGAAGCCCACAGCUUAUGUCCGGCCCAUGGAUGGUCAAGAUCAGGCUCCUAGUGAGUCUCCUGAACUGAAACCAUUGCCGGAGGACUACCGUCAACAGACUUUUGAAAAAACAGAUUUAAAAGUGCCUGCCAAAGCAAAGCUCACCAAGCUGAAAAUGCCUUCUCAAUCAGUUGAGACCUACUCCAGUGAAGUCCAUUGUGUUGAAGAGAUUCUGAAGGAAAUGACCCAUUCAUGGCCUCCUCCUUUGACAGCAAUACAUACGCCUAGUACAGCUGAGCCAUCUAAAUUUCCUUUCCCCACAAAGGAUUCUCAGCACAUCAGUUCUGCAACCCAAAACCAAAAACAACAUGAUACAUCUUCAAAAACCCACUCUAGUUCUCAGCAGGGAACAUCCAUGCUUGAAGAUGACCUUCAGCUCAGUGACAGUGAGGACAGUGACAGUGAACAAACCCCAGAGAAGCCUCCUUCCUCAUCUGCACCUCCAAGUGCUCCACAGUCGCUUCCAGAACCAGUGGCAUCAGCACAUUCCAGUAGUGCAGAGUCAGAGAGCACCAGUGACUCAGACAGCUCCUCAGACUCGGAGAGUGAGAGCAGUUCAAGUGACAGCGAAGAGAAUGAGCCCCUAGACACUCCGGCUCCUGAGCCUGAGCCUCCUACAACAAAUAAAUGGCAGCUGGACAACUGGCUGACCAAAGUCAACCAACCAGCUUUGCUGCCGGAAGGCCUCGGGAGCACAGAGCCUCCGCAGCACCACCAGGACAGUAAGGGUAAGGGGAGUGGCGACAGCAGCAGCACCGCUAGUCACGAGCACUCUGAAUCCAAAGAUCCUGCCCCCAAGAGCUCCAGCAAAACUACCCGGAUCCCUUCUGAAGGCCCACACCCUGGCAAGAGAAGUGGUCCGAAGUCUCCUGCACAACAGGAGCCCCCACAGAGGCAAACUGUUGGAACCAAACAACCCAAAAAACCAGUCAAGGCCUCUACCCAGGCAGAUUUGCGAGCCAGCUUGCAGGUAGAAAGUGAGCCAGGACUGCUUCCUUAUGGCUCCAAAGACCAGACUUCCAAAGACAAGCCCAAAGUGAAGACGAAAGGAAGGCCCCGUGCUGGAGAAAACAAAGAGCCCAAGCCAGCGGUGCCCACCCCCAGUGAAAGGAAGAAGCACAAGAGUACUCCCCCUGCCCCCUCCAAGGUGCUCUCCGCCCCUGAACCCACAAAGGACAAUGUGGAGGACAGGAGCCCUGAGCACUUUGCUCUUGUUCCCCUGACUCAGAGCCAGGGCCCACCCAACAGUGGCCGAGGCAGCAGGACUAGUGGCUGCCGACAAGCGGUGGUCGUCCAGGAGGACCGCCAGAAAGACAAACUCCCGUUGCCUUUGAGAGACACCAAGUUGCUCUCACCGCUCAGGGACACUCCUCCCCCACAAAGCUUGAUGGUGAAGAUAACCCUAGACCUUCUCUCCCGGAUACCCCAGCCACCUGGGAAGGGGCGCCGCCAAAAGAAACCGGAAGAUAAACAGCCUCCCACAGGGAAGAAGCAUGAUUCUGAGAAGAGAAACUCGGACAACUCAAGCAAAUUGGCCAAAAAGAGGAAGGGUGAAGCAGAAAAAGACCAUGAUAGCAAGAAAAUCAGACUGGAAAAAGAAACCAAAUCACAGUCAUCAUCUUCAUCUUCAUCCUCCCAUAAAGAAUCUACUAAAACAAAAACAGCCAGGCCUUCAUCUGAGCCCUCAAAGAAGGAAAUGCUUCCUCCACCACCUGUUUCAUCCUCAUCCUCAUCGUCCCAGAAGCCAGCUAAGCCUGCACACAAGAGGCCAAGGCAAGAAGCAGACACCUGUGGCCAGGACCCCCGCAAAAGUACCAGUAGUACCAAGAGCAACCACAAAGACUCUUCCAUUUCCAAGCACAGAAAAGUAGACGGGAAGGGGUCUGGAAGCUCUGCAGAACACAAAGGAUCUGCUGGAGAUACUGCAAAUCCUUUUCCAGUGCCUUCAUUGCCAAAUGGUAACUCUAAAUCAGGGAAGCCUCAAGUGAAGUUUGACAAACAACAAGCAGAUUUUCACAUGAAGGAGGCCAAAAAGUUGAAGUACAAAGCAGAGUCAAUGACGGACAAGGUCGGAAAGGCUUUUAAGUACUUGGAGGCCGUCUUGUCCUUUAUUGAGUGUGGAAUUGCCAUGGAGUCUGAAAGCCCGGCGUCAAAGUCAGCUUACUCUGUAUACUCAGAAACUAUAGAUCUCAUUAAAUUCGUAAUGUCGUUAAAAUCCUUCUCAGAUGCCACAACACCAACACAAGAGAGAAUAUUUGCUGUUUUAUGCAUGCGUUGCCAGUCCAUUUUGAACAUGGCUAUGUUUCGUUGUAAAAAAGACACAGCAAUAAAGUAUUCUCGUACUCUUAAUGAACACUUCAAGAGUUCUUCCAGAGUUGCCCAAGUAUCUUCUCCAUGCAUUGCAAGAAGCACAGGCACACCACCCCCUCUUUCCCCCAUGCCUUCUCCUGCCAGCUCUGGAGGGUCCCAGCCAAGUGCUGGCAGUGUGGGGAGUGGUGGGAUGACCGCCACCAUCAGUACCCCAGUCACCAUCCAAAACAUGACAUCUUCCUACGUCACCAUCACUUCCCAUGUCCUUACCGCCUUUGAUCUUUGGGAACAAGCUGAGGUCCUUAUAAGGAAGAAUAAAGAAUUCUUUGCUCAGCUCAGCACAAGUGUGUGUCCCCUGGCCCUCAACAGCAGUUUGAUGGACCUGGUGCACUAUACAAGACAGGGUUUUCAGCGGCUGAAACAAGUUACCAAAACACCUUAAUGGACGCCCAAGUUGAUUCAAUGCCUUGGGAACUUUUUUGCACAUUGAAAGCCUCAAAAACAGUCCGGACAUUUGUCUCAUCAGGAGACACCAAACUCAAACAGAGAAAUAACCAUGAGAUGGCUCGGGCGUUUGUCCACUUAAAUUCUCAAGAACUGUGUGAUCAUUGGUUGGACACAAUGGUUAUGCAGGAGCAGAGAUGAGGAGGCCUCAGAGAUGAUCUUGCCUUUCCUGACUAAAGGACAGAAGUGCAAUGUAGCCUAAAUGGUUGUAUGAAUGGUCUAGAAACAUUUCCAUAUUUUUUUUAACCAGCAGGAUGAAAGUUGCAAAUGAAAUGAGGCGAGGAGAAGCAAUGUCAGCUCUGAAAGCAAAUUUACGUCAUCUCAGUAGCCAUACUAGUCUGUUCCCAGAAGGAAAAAAUGUUUUUUUUAAACAAUGAUUUUUGGUGUCGGGUUUUGUGGAUGAUUUCUUUUUUCCUUUUAAGUUUUGGGGGAAAUAUUUGUUUAAUAAGUUCUAACAGUCAUCUAUAAAACAUAAGUUGUGAAGAAUUUCACUGUAUCCUACUUUCUGCUAAUGAACAGUGGCUUUGAUAAUACCAAGUAUUGUCAUAAUUUAUAAAAUCGAAGGCGACCCCAUUGCCUGGAGUACUGCAUGUUCACCCUGCUCUGGUUUCUCCGUUACUGUGCUGCAAGUCAGCCCUCGUCAGAGCAGUGGGAGAGGAGCCGCAGCGCACGGGAGCCGUCUUGACAUCUCUGUGUACUAGGGGCAGACUUGGCACUGCCACUUCCCUGCCUGCUUCAGCCAAAGGGACUCUCACAAGGCAGUCACCAUUGACUAUAUUUGAAUUUCCUACCUUGGGGAAGAAGGGAAUCAACAUCUGUAUCUGACCAGAUGGCUAAAGUGCUUUUUAAUUUCUGUUCUAGUAGAGCUGGAAUUUGAGCUGCUGGUGUGUGGUCUACAGUUAUGUGGGAACUCAUAUUGUCUGACCAACUCAGUUUUGUCAGUGAACAAAGAAAAAUGAAAUCUACUUCUUAGGCUAUAUUUUUCUGCUGCAAAUUAUAUUUAUAGCAUGACUAGACUUUUAGAGCCCUUGGUUGUCUAGAAGGGAACGGAACUGCCUGAGAGGAUGUGGAGAUUUGGGGUGGUUUAAUUAGACUUUUUAAAAAAUCGUCACCACAUGCCUUCACUCCAGAAUGUGUUCUCAGUCAACUAGAUUUGAUUAGAUUGAAGAGAAACCGUGGCCUUCUCGUAAGUUGUUGUUGCCAUACUAUAUACAUUAAGCCAAGUUCGUUUUAAAUGACCUAAAAUGAAAGAACAUAUUCAGAAUCCCCACAUGCCCAUAAGCACAGAUUUUCUUUUUUGUUGAAACUUGGAAGGUUCAACUGGAGACAUUUUGAGUGCAGUGUUUUUAAAAGCCAAUUCUUUUUGUCCCUUUUAGAAGUAGUAGAAUUUGCACAUGUAUUAAAAUUGAGGAGUAAAUGUCAUCUAUAUAACAAACAGGUUUAUUUCUUUCCCCUCACCCCAUUCUUGCCCUCUACAUGCUCUGUUUCCUACCAAGCAUGUUUGACAUUGUCAUGUUUAUUUACUAGGGAAGAACGAAGUACCAUCUUAUUUCUAAUGAACAAGCUUAGGGUCCAUAUGAGGAAUGUAAGCACGUGCUUGGUAGUCUGGUAAAUACAUAAGGGGAUGUGUAGAGGAUGGCAGCAAUGCUUAUUUUUCAAAGUACAAACUGUUUAUGUGAAGCCGCUGCUUCAGUUUCUUAUCCAGCCUGUUCUUUUGUUACCAGUAGCUAGGUCAGAGGUCGUUACCUCAUGUUUAGGUUAAAGCCCAGAGAAUUACCGCAGUAGUAACAUCUGAGCAUAAGACAUUGACACAUGACCCUGAUGGACCAGUUUCACUUAUUGAUAUUGUGAAGCUAAGCCACAGUCCUUUUUAAACUACUGGUUUAAGAAACAAUUUGUCGCUAAACGAACAAUGACUGCCUGAUAAGUUGUGUGCUUAUGGCAUUGUGUGUCUGUCCCUUAUGUGUAGGGGAUGAGACCACAGUCAAGCAUAUAUGAGGAUUUAACAUCUAUUUAUUCUUACUCCCUUGGCCGCCUCCAUCCCUUCUCCUUGUCACUCCCCAAAACAAGCCACCUGUGAAACUUUCUGAAGGGUCAUGAUCUUUGUGACAGGUCCUGAUCUGUGCAGAUUGGGCUGGAGCAUGGGCAUGUUCCAUCAGCGAGCCACAAGUCUCCCUUGACGGAGACGUUUCUAAGUAAAUUUCUCAGCCAACUCUAAAAGCAGUGAUUGCCUUUUCUGGGCAUUACUCUUCGUGGGGUGUUUUUUUUUUUUUCCCUGACCUCUGUGUUAAAAAUUUAAUU